UCACAACAUAGUAAUUAUCAUCAUAAAUAUUCAUCAUAAUUAUUAUCAUCAUCAUCAUUAAUAGUCUUUAAAUGUGGCCGGUUAGCUAUUAAAUGAUGCAAUUAAGUGGACAAACGUUGAUAGCUGCAAAUCUAGCAGAACCAGUGUUUUUCAAAAAUGAACUAAAUUUUAACACUAGGUCCAAUUAUCAUAAUCUUUUGGAAUUUUCUCAUAAUAAUAAUAAUCAUCAUCAUCAUCAUAAUCAAAGUAGUAUUAACAAUCAUAAUCUAAUUACAAAUAAAGAUUUCAUUCAAUUUCAACUGAAUUCGCAACAAAUUAUGAGUCAGAAUAAAAGCUUAACAGCUACCUCACCGAUGACAAUGGUUCAUAAUAGUUUGCUCAAUUCGUCGGCCGAUCAAGCCGAAACAACAAUGUCAAAUAAAGUGGGAAAAUAUGUACGAGAAAUCAGUUCAUCACCAUUGUCGGUCAGUGCCGAAUCAAAUCAUUCAACAUCGCCGAUCUCCUCUCCUUUUAAUGGAAAAUCAAUUGAUAGUGAUGAUGAUGAACGAAUCUCUGUUUCAUCACCACCGGUUAAAUCUCAUCAAGUAUCAUCGAUCUCGAAUUAUUCGAUGCCAAAUCAAUUGGCCAAAUUAUAUGGCUAUUCAUUGGGACAAGGUCUUCCGAAUCAAUUCUCAUUUUCGUUUGGAUUUCCAUUUCCUUAUGGUCAACAAUAUGAUCUUAGUUUGGCAAACAAUUUAGCCAAUCAACAAUGUUCUCAGAAUAAUAAUACACUUCCUAAACAAACAAAACCAUCGACUAAUUUUUCCGUUGCCUCACUAUUAGCUGGCAGUGGUGAUAAUAUCAAUAAUGAAGAUAAUAAACAUUCUGAAGAUUCUAACAAGGUAAUCAACAUGAGUCGUAAUAGCUCAUAUUCUGAAGGUGAAGAUGAUGAUGAUAUUGAUGAAGAAAUGGUCGAAGAUUCAGCUGUCAAAUUAUCAUCAAAUAAAAUGAAUAAAGAUGAUGACGAUGAUGACGAUGAUGAAGCUGUUGAUAUGAGCAAUAGAAAUCCUGAACGAAAAAUCUCGGUUACACGUCUAAGUUCAAGUCUUUCACCAUCACAUCAAUUAUCACCACCAAAUAGCCGCAGUAAUAGUCCAUUUUCAUCGGAAUUCAAUAAAUCUCCCGAUAGUCAACAACCAUCAAAGAAUUUAACACAACAUCAAAUGAAUGUUGAUUCAAUGUCGGCUGCAUUACAACUUCAAUUGGCUGCAGCAGCAGCGGCUAGACAUCGAUUCUCAGUUGAUGGUAUUAUGUUGAACAACAGUCAGGCACAAGGUUCACAUCCUAUGUUUCCUUCGCAUGGUCAAACCCAUUCAUUGAUGUCAGGCGGACCAUUGCAUCAUCAAGCAUUAACAAGUGGUGGACAUCCACCAACAUGGCUUCCACAUCCAGCUGGAUCACAUGGUCUUGGUGGUCUUUCUGGUGCACAUCCAUUGAAUCCAUUUCAUCAUUGGCUUGCUCAGACAUCUGGCCCAUUAUCACCAUCACAUAAACCUGGUGAACCACCAAGAAUACCAGUAAAAUGUGCAUUGAGAAAACAUAAAAGCAAUAGAAAACCACGCACACCGUUUACAACACAACAAUUAUUGGCAUUAGAGCGAAAAUUUCGGAACAAACAAUAUCUUUCAAUUGCUGAGCGUGCUGAAUUUUCCAAUAGUCUUAAUCUGACUGAAACACAAGUGAAAAUCUGGUUUCAAAAUCGUCGAGCAAAAGAAAAGAGAUUGAAAGAAGCUGAAAUCGAAAAACUUCGUUUAUCAACGCGACCAUUUCCGGGACCAUUUGGGCCCUUUCCAGGUAUUCCAAGCGGACAUCCAUUUGUAAGCUUUAAUGGCAAUAUUGCAGCUGCAGCCGCAGCCGCUGCUGCUGCAAUGGCAGGCAGUAAUCAUACACAGACCAAUGGUGGCAAUAAAAAUUGUCAAUUACCUCCAUCAUCAUCAUCAUCAUCGACUACAAAUACGAAUACUACUUCCGAAACAGGAGCCAAUUCAAUAUUUGCAACAUUUCAUAAUUUAAAUUCUUAUGGUCAGCCAUCACCAUCAAUAACAUCAUCAUCAUCAUCAUCAUUAACCACGGCAACAACAGCAAAUAGUCAUUCAGAAACAUUAUCGACAACAAUUACACCUUCCAAUGCAUUAUCAUCAUCAUCAUCAUCAACAAAAACGGUGACAACAACAUCAACAACUAAUGCAUUAUUAUUGGAACAAUCUUCAUCAUGUGAACCAUCAUCAUCAUCAUUAUCAACCAUACAUCGAAAUCCUACAACAAAAUCAUCAUCA